AUGCAGUACUCGCAUACUUUGCUCCUGGCUUGCGUUGGGCUUGGCUUGGCCUCGCCAUUUGCUUUGCAGGACUUGCCUACCACACUCGAAACCAAUCUCCCUCAGACUCUUGCGGAGAUCGAGCUCGAACAGUUCGAAAAUUGGACUCCGGAACAUCUUGAGAAUGAUCUCCAAGCCCGAACGCAUGUGAAAAUAUGUACUGCAAGCAGCGCUCGCGCAGGCGUAUGUGUCGCUGUCACUGCUGUCAUAGCCCAGGUUUCCCUCGGCAUUGCCGGUUUAGUCAAAGGUGACUCCGACAAGCACGACUGUAAAGCUCACUCUGGCUCUAUCGACGGAGUGAGUUGGAAGGUUUAUGCCACUGGAAGGAACUGCGAUACUUCAGCCGAAUUGAAGACCAUUCAAGGCGCCAUCGCCGAAUACUUGCGAAGCGUCGAUGACCACGUGUGCGGCGUCCAUUGCCUGAAAUUAACCCACGGAGGUACGUGGACAGGAUAUGUCACCCUAGCACCGAAAGGCAAUAAUCUCGACACCUUCUAUUGCGGCAGUUCCAACAGCUUUGGCCAUUGCGUUGAUGGAGGAAAGGAAGACGUGCCUAAAAUGUAG